AUGAAAUUUUUGCCGAUAAUGCCUAAUUCUUCCACUCUGUUACAACGAAUGUAUGCGUUUUGUAAAAUUUCUCAACAAUAUCGACAGUGGAACGCUAAUAUAUUAGGAAAAAUGGCAUCAGAAGUAUGCAAAGCUCAGACGGCUGGUCCUGGUGGCGAUACUAUUUUUGGUAAAAUUGCCCGCAAAGAAAUACCCGCUCAGAUCAUUAUGGAAGAUGAUGAUACAAUGGCUUUUCACGAUGUCAAUCCACAAGCACCGAUACAUUUCUUGGUUAUACCUAAGAAGCCGAUUGCAAUGCUGCAAGAUGCCAAAGAUCAAGAUGAAGCAAUUCUUGGGAAAUUAUUAGUUGCCGCGAGCAAGGCAGCACGUAAGUUAGAUUUAAAAGAUGGCUAUCGAGUCGUUAUCAACAAUGGUAGGCACGGAUGUCAAAGUAUAUACCAUCUUCAUGUUCAUGUGCUUGGUGGAAAGCAGCUUGGUUGGCCACCAACAUAA